AAUGUCACAUCAGUAAAGAGUGAUGACUUAUCGGCGUAUUGUAGAUGAGGUAUGCAUCAUUUCCGUAUAACACUUUUUUUUUAUUAUAUGAAUAACAUAUAAACUAAACUUUACCACCGCAGUAUCCUUUCAACACUCGAUAGCGAUUAUUAUAUAUAUUAUAUUUCUUUAUCUUUAUUUUUUCUCGUUCUAUUUAAAAUAAUGUAUUAUUAUUAUAAAAAAUAUUUAAUUAUAUUUGGAGUUACAGUAGUGUUUAUAAAUCCUUUAAAAGAACAUAAUUCAGUAAUUGCAUUAGCUAAUAAAAAUAAUAUAGUAGAAUAUGAUCAAGAAAAUAUUAAUGCACAAUUAUGCGCAGUGCAACAAACGUGUUCCAGUUGUUUGCAGACGCCAACAUGUAUUUGGUGUGCGGCUCCUAUGGAUAAGGAAAAAAAUAUUCAGCCGUCAGUUCGUUGUAUAACAAAAAGUAAAUUUAAUAAACUGUGGUGUGAUCCUUCAAAUAUUAUAAAUGAAACAUCAAAAAUAGUUAUUGAAAAAAAUAUUCCACUGUCAUCAAUAAAGAGUCGAGAACCAGUCCAAAUACAGCCACAAAAAAUAAAACUUUAUCUCCGAAAAGGAGAAGAGUAUAAAUUAAAAAUAAGAUAUACCCAAGCUGAAGAUUAUCCAGUAGACAUGUACUACUUAAUGGAUCUUUCAGCAUCGAUGCAGCCUUACAGGCAACAUUUAUCUGAGUUGGGCGCUAACUUGGCGAGUGUUAUGAGAAAUUUAACUAGUAAUUUUCGUCUUGGAUUUGGUAGUUUUGUUGACAAAGUUACAUUACCAAUGACUGAUACCCAGCCUAUCAAAUUAAAAAAACCAUGUGAUUUUAUUGAAGACAAUAAAAAAACCGAUUGCGCACCGCCUUACGGUUAUAAGCAUCAAAUGUCUUUGACAGAAGAUUCAGAUUCAUUUCGGAGUAAUGUACGAGCAGCUCCUAUUUCGGGUAAUCUUGAUGGACCAGAGGGUGGAUUGGAUGCAAUAAUGCAGUCUAUUGUUUGCACAAAACGUAUCGGUUGGAGAGAAAAAGCUCGACAUCUUCUUGUUUAUUCAUCGGAUGCUAGUUUUCAUUUAGCUGGCGAUGGAAAAAAAUUGUCGAGUCAGUGAAAAUGAUUGAUAAUGCACCUCAACACAUAAAUGUUAAAUAUUUUUCAAAAUGUUUAAAUACAAUUGGUGAUAAAGAAUAUGAUGAUAAUAUGAAAGAACAAUCUAAAUGCCAAGGACUUCGUUUUGGUGAUGUUGUCGAGUUUCAAGUUGUAAUUAAGGUAACUGAAUGUUUGUCGAGUAAUUUGGAGUAUAAUAAAUUUGAAAUUAAGCCAGAAGGUUUAAAUGAAAGUCUUAUCAUUGAAUAUAAAGUAAUUUGUGAAUGCCCUUGUGAUAAACCUGGCAAUAAGGUAAUUUAUUUAUUAUUAUUAUUAAUGAUAAUGAUAUUUUUAGAUCUGAUAAAAUUAGGAUUUAAAGUACAUGCAGAAGAAUGUAAUUACAGUGGAUCUCUUACUUGUGGAGUCUGUUUAUGUGAUAAAAAUUUUCACGGUAAAUAUUGUGAUUGUCACAAUAUCAUCGCCAACGAUCAUCACAAUAAUAAAAAAGACUGUCGAGCAUCAGUUAAUGAUACUGUCAAUUGUAGUAAUCACGGUACUUGUAAAUGUGGUAUUUGUGAGUGUCACGUUCGUCCAAAUCCAUUAGAAAAAUUUAGCGGAAAAUAUUGCGAGUGUAAUAACUUUUCAUGCAAACGUAGUAAUCGCUUGGUAUGUAUACAUGUAUAUAUAUUUUUAAUCUUAUUCACUGGUUACUGGUUGUAUUAUCAUUAUGCGGUGGUGGUCAUUGUCCUCUGCGGUGGAAAUGGCGACUGUGUGUGUGGUUCAUGCAAUUGUUAUUCUGGAUGGAGUGGAGAGAGCUGUGACUGCCAUGAUAAUACUACAUGUUUUUCACCUGGAAAAAAUAUUGAAAUUUGUAGCGGUCACGGAGAUUGUAUUUGUGGAAAAUGUCAUUGUAAACUUGAAAAUGAUGUCUUAUACUCGGGUUCUUUUUGUCAAGAUUGUCCUACUUGUCCGGGAUUACAUUGUGAUAAAUUAAAGGAUUGUGUUGAAUGCCUAGUAUAUAAUUCCAAUAGUGAUGAUCGAAUUGGUAAUGCUGGUUGCUAUCAUUAUUGUCAUGAUGAAAUAAAUAUUGAAAAAAUUGAUAAAGUACAAGUUAAUUCGAGUGAACACGAGGCAGGCAUACGAAUGUGUCGUGUACCAACAAAUGAUAGUUGUACUUUUGUAUUUAAAUAUCAGCUCAUCAGUAAUCGUGGAGAUAUUUCACUUUUUAAAAUAACAGCCCAAGAAACAAAAGAUUGUCCUGGAAUACUCUCACCAAUUCCACUUGUUGGUGUUGCAAUCGGUGUAAUUUUAAGUACAGUUCUCCUGGGAUUUCUUAUUUUAAUGAUAUGGAAAAUUCUAACAAUUGUUCACGAUCAUCGUGAAUUUGCUAAAUUUGAAAAAGAACGUGCUAUGGCUAAGUGGGAACGCGGUGACAAUCCUUUAUACAAACAAGCAACUACAACCUUUUGUAAUCCAACAUUUGUCGAAAGUAAAAAUAAUUAACUAAAUAAUAUAUAUUAAUUUUUUAUUUUGUUUAUUGACUUUUGUAUUUGUGAGACUGAGAAUGAUCCUUCAGGGUAAUCUGUUGAUUUUUACCUCGUCUCUCAAUGAAUGCAAGUCCUGAAAUAAUAAUUCAGGUGAAUAGAAGACCCGGCGCUCUUUACUAAUAUAAAUCACUACGGCACGUCUGUAUCUUUACAUUGCAUCGAUUUUAUUGAUUAUUUUAUAGCUUUAACUACUAUAAAUCUUACAAUACAAAACUUAAAUUAUAAAUCUUAUUUUUUUAUUUUUUUUUUUU